AUCUUUUCCAUUCAACCAGGCGGUGAUACUCUCCUGUUCGUUCCGACACCUCGUCUAGCAAUUAGUAGCCACCUCCUCCGUACGGUGCAAUCAUUCGUUGUCGACGCAAUGGCAGGCGGCUCGGACAUGAGGCUCGACAAAGUGCUGGCUGACUGCUUCGGGCACCAUGCCGAGGGCCGUGCCCUCUACGCGGCAGUGUCCGCCGCAGAACUCAAACCAGGGUGCUGCGGCUACAUGGACAAAGACGGCCGCUGGACCACUAUCGUCCAGCUCACAAAACCAAGUGAUCUGAAGAAACGCAGCUUCUCUGAAUUUAAAGAUGCCAAGAUCAAAACCAAUCCCGUCUCCGAGGACUGGGGAGAAGUCAAGUCCUCCAACGUCAGGGGCAAGUUGAUCAAAGCCAGCGGUAAAGUAACCGACCCAAACACCAAGGCUGUUAGUGUUGGUGCCAGCUUCUCUUACAGCACGCAAGAUGGUGCUGGCGGAAUAUUUAUCACCAAAAACAAUGUCACCGAGAAGUAUCUUGAGGAUUCUUGGCUGGCUGACGCCUGGAUGGAGAAAAACGGGCCUAAGAUCGCUAAUGACAUACCGCCCACUCGAGACCGUGGCGUCUGGGUCGUGACACGUACUUUCGCGGCUCCGGAACGAUAUGUUGCAGUGCUAAAAGAGAAUGGAGAAGAAGCGUCGUUGAGCAUUAACGCGGAUGCUUACAAGGUUGGGAAAGUCGAGACUACCGCUUCUUGGUGGAGCAGUUAUAACGGCAGUAUGUGGAAAUAUGCUGAGCAUAAAGACGGCUUGGUUUUGUUCAUGGCUGGUACCUACUACAAGCCUAAGCUCUGGGCCAAAGGUUUCAACCGCGAAGAUCAGCCAAAGAAGGAGAAGUUUCUCGGGGAUGGUGCGAUGGAACCUAUCGAUGUUGAGUUCACCGAUGCAGAAGACGAUGGCUGCGUUCGAUACAUGCAAUUUGUUCCCGAACAAGUUGGCAAACCCAGGAAGAAGGAAGAUGAUAAUGGUGGGAGUGAUGAAGAAUAUGAUCAAUACUAGAAAUAACUCGAAGGCAGGUAUGUGAAGUCUGGGCAAUUCAAACUCUGCGAAAGCAUACGGCGAAGGCGGGGUAUACGCCAAAAUUCAAAUCGGAUGCAAGAUAAAACUGUG